AUGGAUUAUGAUCUAAAAUAUGAGAUAGUUCGAACAGCGCCUAAGAUAAAGCUAGGAUGUCCAUUUUUUAACUUGCAGAAUGCCGAACGAGAAGAUUAAGUGUAUGUUCAAAAUGUUGAGAGAUUGGGGGAUCCGAUAAAAUUACUGUUAUUUAUAGAUGAAUAAGACAAGUUUGAAAUGAUGGCCCAUCAGUUGAUAAUCACGAGAUGGGGAUAGUUUUUGGGAAAGCGAAUUAAUUAGUUUGGGUUCCAUCAUCUAUACAGAGUUUACAAGUAGAUAGGGAGGGGAAAUUUUGCAUCUGUGUACUAUGCAUAACGAGUGGAUGAUGGUCAAAAUAUGGCAAUUAAGGCAUUUUCAAAGAAGAUAGCCUUUGCGGAGGAGAAUGGAAAAGAAGCUCUGAUAAAUGAGAUCAACUUAAUGAGACAAAUGAAUCAUGUCAACAUCAUAAAACUGUAUGAGGUCAAUGAAACUACUAACUCUCUAUAUGUUUGUUUAGAACUAUUGGAAGGAGGAUCAUUACAUGAUUACGUGAGAAAGAAAAUACAAUUUAAAAAUAAGGAAAUUCAAACUAUUUUCAAAGGAUUGUUAGAGGGUCUUAGGCACAUCCAUGCAAAAGAUAUAAUGCACAGAGAUAUCAAACUAGAAAACAUUCUAUUUAAGUAACAAAAUGCACUUGAUACGGUUUGUCUUGCUGACUUUGGUCUGGCCACUUAUGUUCACGAAAAGGUCUACUUAUACACUCGUUGUGGGACUCCAGGGUAUGUGGCUCCUGAGGUAAUAAACAUUACAGAUUUAUCAACGAAAUACGAUAAAGUCUGUGAUAUCUACUCUUUAGGAUUGGUAUUCCAUCUCAUUCUGACUGGAAGGUUUGCAUUUCCUAGUCGUAGUUACACUACCCUUGUACAUUAAAAUUAGGAGGCCAAAAUAAAUUGGAAUUCUCCAAUUUUUGAAUCAAUUCCUAAAACUGCUUAUGAUUUAUUAAGACGAAUGUUGGAGGUGGAUCCAAAAAAACGUAUCACUGCUGAGGAGGCCUUACAACAUCAAUAUUUUGAAUCUUCGAAUGAAGAGCUAUUUGAAGAUGAAUUUUUUGACAUUAUUGAUAGUUGUUAAUAGGAUUAAUAAUUGCAAAAAAUCGAUGAUCUCAAAGUUGACCUUAAUAUGAUGCGCAUUAAUUAAUUAGCUAGUACUCCGAUUAAAUCGCCGAACUUCAGAGCCAAAUUGAUUCCUUCUAUGAAGGAAAAAACUUAUUCGCAGAAGUAAAUUGAAAUGAAGAGUUCCGUAAUUACUGGGAGAAUUCAUAACAAAGAUGGUAUAUUACUCUAGUAAAUAGCAAGAAGAACAAUAAUCAAAGAAAGAGGAGUCUCAAUAUGA